AUGGGAGGAGAAGAAAACAAGAGCGAUUCAGAAAACGAGGGAGGAGGACGAAAGAAGAAAAAAGUGUUAACAACAAGGUUCGAUUUACCGAAAGAAUCCGAGUUACGAGUGGAGUGUAAAUUGAAUCGGUUUUUCCACGUCGCCGUUGUGCCAAACUCCGGGACGUGCGAGAUUUUUGGAAGCGAAAUUGGAUCGUCGUCGUCUUCUGCUUUAUCAUCGAGUGGUGGUGUAUCAUCAAGCGUUGGUGGUACGAAUACCACGAAGAAAAAGUUGGGAGGCGGGAAGUGGGCGUUUUUCACGUACUCUGGGUGCACGAUUGAACUGGAAGAAACGAAUCAGACGAAUGCGACGAAUGCGAAUUCGAAGAUUCAUCUGACAACGAAGAAGACGAGCGGUGAAGGCGCCGGCGGCGAGGAUUUUGGUGACGAUACGGGAACAAGAAACGAGGAUUCAGACGACGAUUUAGAAAAGAGUGGAGACGAAGAGGAUAAAGAUAAAGAAGAAGAACAAGCGAUCGAAAUAGCGUACGUUUCCGAGGAAACGCCGAUGGUGAGUUACUUGAACGUGCACGGCGUAUUAGAGGCGAAGCGAAAGAAGGCGAGAGAUUGCUCGUCCGCUUUAGUAUCGAGCGACGACGCGGUAAACGAGAUGGAGAAAGAAGAGGAGGAAGAAGAUACAAAGAAGAAGAGGAAGAGAGGAGAAAUAGUAGAAGGAGAAGAGCAACAGGAGGAAAAAGAAAACGAUGGGGUUCGUCAAAAAUCAUCCGCGGGUCCGCGAGUGUUAAUCGUUGGCCCGGCUGACGUCGGGAAAUCUUCCUUGUCGAAAAUCCUCAUCAAUUACGCCGCGCGACAAGCGUGGUCGCCUUUAUUCAUCGAUUUAGAUCUAGGCCAAAACGCUAUUUCAGUCCCGGGAACGAUAUCGGCCGCUCCAAUCGAUCACCCGAUAAAUCCGUUCGAGGACGGCGCGCACGUGAAAUCUGAAAUGCCUCUCAGUUACUUUUUUGGCGACGUGACGGUUACGGAAAACUCGAAAGAGCACUAUAAAUUUCUCGUAGAGAAAAUAGCGGAAAUGAUGGAGGCGAGAAACUCGAAAAACGAACACGCCAGACAUUCCGGGUGCAUAGUGAACACCAUGGGAUGGAUCGAAGGGUUAGGCUUAGAGUUGAUCUUACACGCCGUGAAAAGCUUAGAGAUUGAUACGGUUUUGUGUUUAGGCCAAGAGCGAUUGUUUCAAACGUUAUCGAAACAGUUCGCGAAAGACGCCGCUUUGGCGCAGCAGCAACAGCAAAAGAACAAGAAAAACAAGAAGAAAACAUCAAGUAGCGAUGAUGAUGGUAAAAAAGUCGAUGCGGCGGUUGAGAUUCUCUCUUUGAAGAAAUCCGGGGGCGUGGUUGAACGAACGACCGAGUUCAGACGUAAAACUAGAGACGAUCGGUUUCGCGAAUACUUUUACGGGUUCGAUUUUGUCUCGAAUCCUCUCUCGCCGGUGGCGCAAUCGGCGUUUUUCUCCUCCGUUUCCUUUUAUAAAGUUGGCGGGGGGGCGAAAGCCCCAACGUCUGCGUUACCGAUCGGUCAAGAAGCGAGCACGGACCCGAUGCGAGUCGCUUCUGUGAUCCCAUCCAUGUCUUUAGUCAACGCCAUCGUUGCGGUUUCGCACGGUAAAACGCAAUCGGAUUUGUUAACCUCAAACGUCGCCGGGUUCAUUCACAUCGUCGAGGUUGAUAUGCACGCCAAACGUUUCACGUACUUGAGUCCGAACCCGGGGCAGUUGCCGAACACGAACUUGAUCGUCGGCAACGUGAAAUGGUUCCCGGAGAAUUAA